CUUGACCUGCUGAUCAAGUCAUCAGAAGCGGCUUCAAGUGAAUGACCACAGAACCUAAGAUGGCAGAAGACUCCACGCUGUCAACCGAACAAGGCAAUAGAGCGCCUGUCACAACAGCGCAGUUCCACGCUCAAGACGCAACACAAGAAGAGAUACUGACGACCUCCAUGACAAUACUGACACAGGCCACGCACACCCUUCUCUCGGGUUUCUGCAACGGCAGUACUCCCUGCAAGACAAACACAUCUGGAGCACCGUUUCUGAAUCACGAAGAGGACUAUGCGGAGUACUAUGCGAGCAACACAGCCCUCGAAGAAAUCCUCGCUAUUGUCGUCCCUAUCCUAUUCGGGGCCAUCGCCGUUGUGGGAUUCUUCGGCAACGCCCUGGUGGUCCUGGUGGUCCUCUGCAACCCACAGAUGCGAUCUACGACCAACAUCCUCAUCAUCAACCUGGCAAUGGCUGACCUGCUCUUUAUCGUCUUCUGCGUCCCCUUCACCGGGUGGGACUACACCCUCAACUACUGGCCAUUUGGUGACGUGUGGUGUCGAAUCGUGCAGUAUCUAGUCAUCGUGUGUGCUUACGCCAGUAUCUACACCCUAGUGCUUAUGUCCUUCGACCGGUUCCUCGCCGUAGUUCAUCCGAUAAGGUCGAUGUUCAUCAGGACGGAACGCAACGCCUACCUUGCCAUCCUUCUGAUGUGGGUCGUCAUCCUGUUGGCUUGCCUCCCUGUGCUCUUCUCCCACGGGAUGGUCAUCGUUGACGACACCUUCGCCUAUUGCACUUUUUUGGCACACAUGGGCUACAGCAUAGUGGCCUUCCAGCUAUGCUUCUUCAUGACAUCUUUCCUUGUUCCCCUCGCCUUGGUCUUCAUUCUGUAUGUCCUGAUGCUGAAGAGGCUCUGGUUCGGUGUGACACCGGGAGGAAGAGUCAGCGCGGAGAGCGUGCGAUCCAAGCGGAGGGUGACGCGACUGGUCGUGGUGGUUGUGGUGGUGUUCGCCGUCUGCUGGUGCCCUGUCCAAGUGGUGCUUGUGCUGAAGAGCGUGGACCUAUACGGCCAGCCGAUGAACCCUUUGAGGAUAGUGAUACAGAUAGCGUCUCAGGUCCUGGCGUACACCAACUCGUGUGUGAAUCCUUUCCUGUACGCGUUCCUCUCGGAGAACUUCAGGAAGAACUUCCGGAAGAUCAUCUUCUGCUGCCCGAAGGCCAUGACCGGCUCCGGGUCGACGAGGACUAGGAUCGGCGACGAUACCGAGCGUACGGAGCGGGAGACGACGGCGACCUGCAUCACCGCGUCGUCCAAGUUAUCGAACGACAUCCUCUAAUGUCACCGCUAUCAUUUGCACCUUAAUGAACUCGGGCUCGGUUCCAAAUGGCAACAUGUACAGCUUGUAACGAGAAAUUCGAUUAUGGUCCUUCUCGUCGCCAAACUCUAAUGUGGUUCAUGGACACGUCAGCAGAUGGCAUUACUCAUAUGAUGUAUUGUGAAAGCGACAAUAAUAUUCUAUGGUU